AUGGCGGAAGAAGAUAUUAACCCUAAUCCGGUUUACCUAGUUCCCGAGCUACUAGAAGAGAUCUUCCUUCGACUGCCAUUGAAAUCCAUCCUCAAAUUCAAAACAGUCUCAAAACAAUGGAGAUCAAUACUGGAGUCGAGGAGGUUCAUGGAGAGGAGGCAUAUGAUGACUGCUCAAGAGAAGCCCAAAAUCAUGGCGGCAGGAGACCGAAAGCGAUUCUCAUGGAGUUUCCAAGGAGACCAAGAGGUCGAGAUGGUCUAUUUACACUGCGAUCUGGCCUCACGACCGUCGCUUUCAUGUGACGGUCUGGUUUGCAUCCCCGUACCAGGUUGGGUCAACGUUUUCAACCCUUCCACCGGCGAGUUUAUUAGAUUUCCUUCCGGCCCAGAUCCAGUGAAAGCUGAUAUUGAUUUCUUGGCUCCUUUAUUUGAAGUCUUCCCUGGAUUUUGGAGGAUGGGAUUUGGUCGAGACAGUGUCACUUGGAGCUAUAAGAUAGUGAGGAUGUGCUUUACGAAUGGUUGGAAUAUUUUGCGUUGCGAGAUUCUUGAUGUUAACAUUGGUAGAUGGUGCAUAUUGAGUCCACCUCCUUAUGAGUUUAUCUUGACGAGUGCUUGGUGUGGAUGCUUCUAA